UCUCCUAUCAAAUAGUACUACAUUCUCUUUCAGUCAUUUACACUCCUUUGCUCGCAUGUCACAGCUCAAAAACUUCCAUCACUGCUCUACUUCAUCCAUGGCCUCCUCUGCUUCUUCCAGUGCGAGCAACAUCUUGCUCUUAUUGGCAUUAACUAGUUAUUUGGCUAGCAUCGCCUUCGCCGGUAACUUCUACCAGGACGUCGACAUCACUUGGGGUGACGGCCGUGCCAAAAUUCUCAACAAUGGCAAGCUCUUAACGCUGUCGCUUGACAAGCCCUCGGGCUCGGGCUUCCAAUCCAAGAAGGAGUAUCUGUACGGGAAGAUCGAUAUGCAACUCAAGCUUGUCCCCGGAAACUCUGCCGGAACCGUCACCGCCUACUAUCUAUCGUCGCAAGGGGCAGCACACGAUGAGAUUGACUUCGAGUUCCUCGGCAAUCUUAGUGGAGAUCCUUAUAUAGUCCAUACAAAUGUGUACACCCAAGGGAAAGGGAACAGGGAGAUGCGGUUCUACCUCUGGUUUGAUCCCACCAAGGACUUCCAUAACUACUCUGUCGUCUGGAAUCCCAGACAUAUUGUCUUCUAUGUGGAUGGGACACCCAUUAGAGAGUUCAAAAACAGAGAGUCGGCUGGCGUGCCAUACCCGAAGAACCAGCCGAUGAAGGUCUACUCGAGCCUGUGGAAUGCUGAUGACUGGGCCACGAGAGGCGGGCUUGUGAAGACCGAUUGGUCCAAGGCGCCUUUCACCGCAUCAUUUAGGAACUUCAAUGCUAAUGGAUGUGUGCGGUCUUCUGCUACCUCCUCCUGCUCUUUGGCUAACCACUCAUGGAUGUGGCAAGCGCUUGAUUCCACCAGUUUGGAGAGACUCAGAUGGGUGCAGAAGAACUACAUGAUUUAUAACUACUGCACUGAUGUGCAUAGGUUCCCUCAGGGGCUUCCUCCUGAAUGCUCUAUGAGUUAGAGGGCCACACUGUAAUCAUCGAACUUUUAUAUUGCUUUUCUUUUUAUUUUUCUGGGUAACUUUACUUGUGUGCAUUGAUAAUAAUGCCAUUCUAAAUAAAUUUGCUGCAAUAUAUCCUGUUGUAAUUUCUUUUUUGGCAUCA